CACAAAUUGGGCUAUGUUCAAUUCACUUUGCCAAGGAACCCAUUAUUUGAUGUAUGAUUGUAUAUUUGUAUAUUAUUCUGUGAUGCUUUGAUAUUGAGCAGUGCAUGAGGUUUGGAGUGCUGCAUUUACAAACAAAUAGCGGCUUCAAUGAGGCCCCGAUCAAUGGGGGUUGAUCUUUAACCGUUUGCCUUGCAAUAGCCCAAUCUUUGACUCGCAGGAAUUCUGCCAUCCACACUCAGUCGCGCCUUUUUUGGGGGGACAAUACGCCAGCUUUUUUUUUUUUAAUAGUAAUUUUAAUUUAAGAUAACUUAGUUUCCAACAAAGAAGGGCGACUUGACAGUUUUUUUUAAACCAGUGGGAAGAAUUAACCCCCCCACAAAAAAAAUCUAUAAACAAAGUUACGUUCCAUUCGAACAUGGACCUUCGUUUGACACUCCUCUUCAUCUGUCUCUACAACCAAGGAGUGACCAAUGCUCAGGUGGCAGAAGAGGAGUCGAUGCCAUUGGUGCCUUCCAGCCAGGGGAUAAACGAAGGAAUGCCGGAGCCCAGCACGGCCAGCACCACUGCCAGUCCGCUUCUGUCCAUGGCGACAACAAGCGCACCGGGCGAGGCGGAGUCGUCGGAAGAGGACGAGGGUUGUAUGUCCAUUGGCCGUAACCCCGAAGCCACGGAUGCCAUCGCCAUUGCCGUUCAAAAGUUGGGCGUGCAGCUGCUGCAGAAUCUCAAGACGACGCAAGAGCAACCCAACGUCAUCAUAUCACCUUUCAGCAUUGCCUUGGCUCUCUCCCAGCUGGCUCUAGGUGCUGUCAAUGAGACUGAAGAGCUGCUGAUGCAACAUCUCCAUGGUAACACCAUCACGUGCUUCCACCAUGCCGUCCAUUACAUCUUGGGGCAGCUCCGAAACAGUGACUUGAAAAUCGCCACCCGUAUCUUCCUGCGUCAAGGGUUUACUCCAAAGGAGGACUUCCUCCAGGAAUCCAAACGCUUGUAUGACUCUGAGCCGGCCGUUCUGGAGAGCGUAAAGCAGCUCAACGACUGGGUGGAGAACGCCACCAAUGGGAAAAUGAAGGACUUCCUGUCUGCGUUGCCGCCCAACAUGCUGCUCAUGCUCAUCAACGCCAUCCACUUCAAAGGGCAAUGGGAGGCACGUUUCGACCCGCGCUUUACCACCACGGGUGCAUUCUUCCUGGACGACAAGCACAUGGUCAAUGUCGACGUCAUGGAAAGUUCCAAACAUCCUUUGAGUUUUCUUUUUGACAGUGAACUCGAGUCUCAGGUAGCAAGCUUCCCAUUUGUGAAGGGGAUGAGCUUUUUAGUCAUCAUGCCCAUGUCCGGCCAUGUGAACGUGUCCUCGCUUGCUCCCAAGCUGAAUAUUACCAGCAUUUAUGCCCGUCUGCCCAAGCAAAGAGUUGUUCACGUGAAGGUCCCCAAAUUUAAGAUGGAGUAUGCUCAGGAGCUGCAGGAAGUCUUCACAAAAUUGGGUCUCGGAGACAUGUUUUCCAGCCCCAAUCUGGCCGACAUAGCCGACGGCCCACUGCUGGUGUCCAGCAUCCUACACAAAGCCACCAUGGAGAUCAACGAGGAGGGAGCGGAGGCCUCCGCAGCCACCACUAUUGUCAUCUCACGCUCAUCCAACCCGGUGUUCUACUUAAGCCACCCCUUCCUCUUCGCCCUUGUGGACGAUAAGACGCAUGUGCCGGUCUUCAUGGGCGUCAUCAACAACCCCAAUCCUGGUGCGCCGGUUUUACCGAGAGGAGAAUCCAAAAGCAUGGAAAAAGAUGUGCUGCAAAAUGAUAAGAAUCAAAUGGCAGCAUUUGGAGGCCCUCCCAAGUAGCAACUAUCAUAUGCACAGUGGCCAUUUGUUAAACAAAACAAAAACACAACGAAGAGCAUUGUGAUUGUACAAUACUAGAAUGCUCAAUUAAAAUGAUGGGAAAACGUCA